GGAGGCCGAGCCUGCGGGUCGGGCCGCGCAGGCAGAGCCCGGGAGCGCCCGGUGGAUGCGGGAGCGUCCCCGCCGCCGCUUCCAGGGGCUGCCGGAGCAUGGACUGUUAAACACUUGCGUUUCUGCGGCGUGAGGUAACCGUUUGCUUUGUGUUCUCCUCAGUUAAUAUUUGGAAACCAAUAUGGGAAAGCAAAACAGCAAACUACGCCCUGAAGUCAUGCAAGAUUUGCUAGAAAGUACAGACUUUACAGAACAUGAGAUCCAGGAGUGGUACAAGGGCUUCUUGAGAGACUGUCCAAGUGGACAUUUAUCUAUGGAGGAGUUUAAAAAAAUAUAUGGGAACUUUUUCCCUUACGGGGACGCUUCUAAGUUUGCGGAACACGUUUUCCGCACUUUUGACGCCAACGGAGAUGGAACAAUAGAUUUCAGAGAAUUCAUCAUAGCCUUGAGUGUAACGUCAAGAGGUAAACUGGAGCAAAAGCUGAAGUGGGCAUUCAGCAUGUAUGACCUCGACGGGAAUGGCUACAUCAGUAAGUCAGAGAUGCUGGAAAUUGUGCAGGCAAUCUAUAAGAUGGUUUCUUCUGUAAUGAAGAUGCCAGAAGAUGAGUCAACACCAGAGAAGAGGACAGAGAAGAUCUUCCGUCAGAUGGACACCAACCGUGAUGGAAAACUCUCUCUGGAAGAGUUCAUCCGAGGCGCCAAGAGCGACCCGUCCAUAGUGCGUCUCCUGCAGUGUGAUCCCAGCAGCGCCGGGCAGUUCUGAACCUGUCCUUUGGAUGAAUUAUGUAUCUGCUUUUUUUUUUUUUUUCCUUGCCAAACAACAUUCAUGGUAGUGUUGCCUCUGUAUGGCCAAUUAUGCCUUCUUUUGUGGCAUCUUAUAGCUUCUUUUGUUGUGGAUUAAUGUAAGAAUGCUGAAUUGCUCUUAACAAUUUGUCCAGAGCACGGGCAGUACUGUUUUAAACAGAUAUUGUGGUGUUAUAAUUGUUUUAAAGAUUUUGUUUUGUUUUAUGUUUUAACAUACCUGUUUUGGAAAGCAUGCAUUGAGAAGGAGGAAACCAACAACAAAACCCUUGGCAGCAAGACACACUCACAGAUUUUUAGAUUGAUGCUUUAGUAGCUGAGUAUUCACCCGCAGGACCUGAAAGUGUAGUAGAGGUUGAACCAAAGGGGUUGUGACGGGUAGGAUUCACCUGGAACCUCCUCUCCUGUCCAGGAGGCACCAGUUAAGGUCAAAGACAGGAUCAGGAUGAGGUACAAAAUGGGUGUGAGGUGUAUUGGCCGCACCCCUGCUCCCACACCUCAUUGUUUCAAUGCUGUGAACAUUUUACAGGUCAUGAAGGAGUAGGGAAAAAGCAAAGAUGGACAGUUUUCCUAGGUUUACAGUGUUUGAUUCAUAUGGCUUUAUCUGAAAACUCAGCAAUUUGCAGUCCUGAUCCACAACUGACGAUACCUCUUUCCGUUUGGGAUCAGCAAAGGCAGACACAGAUAUGGAAAACUGGGUCUUGACAUUGAGUUUAAGGGAGAUGCAUGUUGAAUGUGAAAUUUUCAGGUUAGUAAUAAAGCAGUUUCUACUAAGGCGAGUGGGCGUUCACAUGAGGAACUCACGGACACGCAGCUCCAGCUGAGGCACGUCUGCUGCUCUGGAUGCUCUUGCGUAGUACGAAGUUUUGGGGGUGUUCUUGUCUCUCUCCACGUAGCUAAAGGAGUUUCUGGGACUGCCCCUUAGGGGAAGGCUGUCAUCAAAACUCGUUUUAAACAUAAAAUUGUAGCAUUUAUAUUUCAUUUAUUUUAGUAAAGUUAAAAAACGUGUACUGAAAUGAGGAAAUGGUACGCUUUGUGGUAUAUUUAUAUAUAUAUAUAAAUUAAAACAAACAAAAAAAAAUCAGCUCCUGGGAGAAAUGUUGAAUGUUUAUCUUUUCACCUAGAUGCAGGAGUUCUGAAAUUUGCUGCUGCAAAACUUUAUCCUUUGGUCAAAGUUACUGUAUGCAAAGCUAGUACACAUUGUGGGAUUUCUUAGGGACUUUACAAGUGCUGCUGCAACAGAAAAGCUUUAGCAACAGAAGGCAUUAUGCUGACUAAAUUGGCAUUAAUCUGUCAUUAACUAAAGUCUGCCCUGUGAUCCUGUUGGAGAGGUACCCAUGUAGGCAGUGCUCGUUGGGAAUUUGUGAGCUUGUUAGAGUAACCUUUGUCUGACAGGCAAGGUUGGCGUUUUGUCAAGUGACCUUGUAGAUGCUAAUCCCCAGUAGCCUUAAUUUAAAAUAAACUAAGUAAAAUAAGUCUGCUUUGCAGAUGAUGAUUAGCUAAGUACGAAUUAGAAGUGAUGAAAAAGCAGCUGAGUGUGAAUAAUUUUUUGUUGAACACGAGCUAGCAUGUACAAUAGCUGAUAGAAAAAAAUCCUAGACUUAAUUUUCCAUACCAUUUGCUUUGCCAGGUAUGAAGUGCAGAGCAUAUUAAAAUAAAAUAAAAAUAAAUUGAAAAAAACUUUGCUAAUCAGUUGUACUAAAAUUAUUGUCAGUGGCUAAUUACACUCAAUAAAUGCCUUCAGGCACACUCCUUUGUCUCAAAUGAUCACAGAAAUUCAGUUGAUGAGAUAUUCCCAUUAUAUUAAUCAGAGGGGUGUCGAGAGGAAGUGAGAAAGCAAAAGAGCCCCAACCACAGGCCCAAAGAGUUGUCAAUACCUACUGGUUUUAGCUGUUACAAGAAUCACUGGCAAAUUUUGCGCCAAUUCUGAAAAGUUCUGUAACUAUUUCUCCCUAAUCUUAAUUAGACAUACUGUGCACAAAUAUAACCCUUCAAAGGAGAGCUCCUGUCUACCUUCUUCAAGGUAAUUUUCUGCAAGAGGUUCUGGCCCUCUCUCCCAUACCCAUCAGCUCAUAUAUAUUCAAAGCCACGUUCCCUCUCAAGCACUUUGAGGGUUGUUUAUCAGCAGGACAAGCCUGGCCAGCCUGCUGGGGAUUGCUGCAGGAAGGUCAGUGGGCACACACUGACCAACACCCCCUCUGUCAGGCAGGAACAACCUAUCCCACUGCCCCAGCCACUCCCAGGAUGCUCCAUCACCACCAUCACCUGCACAGGCAGGGCUGGGUGACACUAGAGGACCCCUUCUGAGCUUCUCAUGUCUGGGUUUAAUGCAGACAUCCAGACCUAAAGCAGCACAGACCUGCAGAAGCUGGCAUUUACUGAAGAUGAACUUGGGUACCUUCCGCAUCUCCAUCUUCAUGUUGUGAAAGCAGCUGCAUGUGACUGAAACUUUUAAAACAUUGUCUUUUAUUUAGAUGACUGCAUUCCAUCUCUUUUUAGUUUUAUAAGAGAUUCCUGGCCCAGAACCUAAUCUUUCCAGUUGUUUUUGCUCAGUAGUUUUAGGGCCAGGCUUGCUUCACGUGUCGAUCCUGCACAACACGUGUUUGAAAACACAACCUGCGAUAUGACCCCAGGCCAGCAGAGAUGUAAUUCUUUCCACAGUUCACAAAAUCUGGAAGAAUAAGAACUAGCCUACAGCUGCAGAGGACAUAGCUGGAGAUAAGACUGUUGUACAAACAUUUACAGAGUGAAUUAAGGUUAUUCUUUUACCUGACUGCCACUGUGGAUUGGUAUAGUUUUAAAUUAUUAACCACCCCUUUCCUUCUCUGCCUUUGCAUGUACUUCAAAAGUGAUCCAUAGCUGGAGUGGUGAUAGGAGCAUCUGCAGACCUUGGAUCAGCAGGAAAGCAGGGACACGCUGCCCCUCCAAUUGGAAUUUUCUCUUUUGCUUCCAUUUGCAUUUGCAAGCAUAACUGCCUUCGUAAACCAUUUGAAGACAAAAUGACUGAUCCUGUAUAAAAUAGCACAGCAAGUUAGACACUUCCAAGCGAUCCAUUAGCAACGUGCCUGUACAGGAAGGGUGGCAGACAGCACAUACUAUUUCACAUCACCUCUUCAUUUUGUAGAAGCAUUAUCCAGUAUUAGUUGGAUGUGAAAGAGGUAACCUUAACUUACAUGUUCUCCUAAUGAAUUAAUGAAUAUAUCCCACUCGCAGACUGAGUCCAUGGAAAAUGCCAGCCCCAUUUCUCCAGCAUUCCCAGUCAGUUUGCCAAACUCUGGGCCAGAAGAUGAGAAGUGAGGACUAUGGCUUGUGUGAUCUGCAGCAGCCUAUCUUUGGUUUAGGGUGCUUUGGGAAGGGAAACAGGAACACAACACUUGUAAAACCAGCAAGUAUGUGUUUUUGUGGGCACUAAUGGUUUGAGAGGGGCUGAAGAAAGUCCUGUGAGCUCAUAACAGUGGGUAUUUCUGAUGUACUUGGGGCUGUGCUGUUCCUCUUGCUAUGCUCAGGAGCUUGUAGGAUUUUUACCUAUUGUUGGGCUAUUUUGUACUUUGUUGUUCUCUGUUUUAAAGCAUGACCUCCACAUCUUCUAGACACUGCUGCUGAAAACAGUAAGCCAGGAGUGUGCAGCUUCUGUAGCAGGACAAGGUCUAUGUGCAGAAGUAUUGCACACUGGCACAAGAAAUGUUCACACAGGACCGAGUCCCUGCAGUUUAAUAGCUGCCCCUGGGUGCUGAUUCCCUGGACUUUUCCUCGUGUGCUCUCUUCACUGGUGGCAAAUGUGCAAUAAUGCAGCUUAGCUUAAUUUUCUUUCACUGCUGACCAGGUUAAGUUUGCUGUGUGCUGGAAGCACACGCAUGGGCUGAAACCUCAGCUCAGCUGACUCAUGGGAACUCGCUGAACUGCGGUAACUUGAUGUUGAGCCCUAAUCCCCAGCUUAAGCCGAGUGAGAACAAGGCUGUGUCCCUGUGUCUCCCAGUACAUGUGAACUGGGGAACACGGUGACAACUGGCAGGUCCCUGGGGACACGCAGAGGUGGGGAGGGAAUCCCCUGCCUUGGAAUGAAUUCCCCAAGCUCAGCUGUCUCCCUUCUUUUAAAACUAUCUUAUUUUUGUUUUCCUUUUUUUUUUAGCAACACUGGUGAGGAUGCAGCAUCAUAGUAAUAUAGCAGGGUCAGGAUUAAAGAGGCAUCCUACAAAGGAGUUUCCUUUUGAAACCCAGUGUGUGAGCACCAAGCAAAACAAGCAGAGGGGAGGGCUGGCCAAGACCUCUCCUGAACACCUGCUUCUCCAGAACCUCCUUUUUUUCUCUGUUGUGGUGCUCCCUGGGUUUCCUGUGAUGAGAUGGUUCUUGGGCACAGGAAUUAGGCAUCAGGUAACUGGAGGAAGACUAGUGGAGAUGAGCAUUUUACCUGUCCUUUGCACUAGCGUUCAGAUGCACUCUUUGCUCUGGGUCUGACUGAGUGGGAUCUGAUGUAGGAAUCUGAGAGUUGGGGGUGACGGUUUCCUUGGUGUCACGGGCAGAACUUGUGCUUAGAAAGGCAGAGAAACUUGGCAAGCUCAGGCAGUCAAGCAACACUGGGAGCUGCGUGCAGGGUUUUCCAUUGACUGUGCAGUAGACAGAUAAGAUACAAAGCAGUGACAUGUCAGACUCGUGGUGUGAUGUGCUCUGAGAUAGCACCGGGCCAGAAAUGGCACCUUUUAGCUGAGCAGCUCUGCCUGCUGUGUACUCAGCCUGACGCACCAACAAAAUACACUUUGAAAUACCUUUAGCAUGAACAUGCCACUGCAGAAGUAGAAUAACUCUGCUCUUUCUUAUAUAUAAGGACCAGAGCUGCUCAGCAUGCCCUGGUUAGAAACUGAACAAGCAGCUCCCAGGAAAAGCAUGUGGCAUUUCUUAAGUGUAACUGAUGACAAAAUAUUGUCUGCAGGACCUUCCUUCCUGGUCACAGCAGACAAGAAGGGAAAGCUCCAUCCAACUCUCAAAGCCUAGGUGCCAUUUUGCAGCCUGGGGAAGGUGAGAACAGCUAUGUCUUAAGCACAUGGAGGUAAAAAGCAGCAAGGUUUGUAAACUGGCAUGGAAAACAGUGACACUAGAGAGCAGGACCAUCACUGAAAGGCUGCAGAAGCUGUUAGGUGCCUCUGGCAUUCAGAGCAGUAGAAUGAUCAGUUGGAUGCAAAGCCUAUUUCCUCAUCCCUUGCAGAAACCAUCCCUAUUAUGUGUCUCAUCUUGCAGAACUACUUCUUCCAGCCUGGCUUUUGCUGCUGUUGCUUCCGAAUCAUCCAUACUCAGAAACUGUUUCAGGAGAGGGUAUUUUGACAGGAUAAGACAUAAAGCUUUUCAGCUAUACUCUCCAUAUCUCCAUAUCUUAACAAGUAACAGUUGGAAAGGCCAGAUGUGAGGGGAUUCUUGCAAUGUCCAGAUUUUAUUUCCUCAUUGCUCCCACAGGUCAUAAGUGUUAUUUUAAUAUGUAUAGCUGGGAUUGAGCUAUCACAUGUACGAUGCUGACUAAUACACAAUAAACAAGGCAAAAAAGAGCUGCUUCAUUCCCACUUGUGCUGAGGCUUGGGACUCUGGGUCCUGCACAGAGGUGGUCAUCUGAGCUUUUUCAGCCUGUUGAGUGCUUCCCAGAUCCCAAAGAAUGUGAUGGCCACUUAGUGUUCCCUUACUGUGCAGCUGAGACACAUUUUACAUCUUCCCCUCUUGCCCUGACCUUAUACCAAAAAUGUUCCCACCUUCCCAGGGCAUGCAUUCAGGGUGUCCAGCUCUCCAAGGCUUUGUGCCCACCUCCUGGUUGCCAUCCCUACCCACCCCGUGAAGGAAUAACAAACACCAGCCCCUGACAUCUGGAGGAGUCAGGCUUGAUGCACUUAAAUGGAACAGCUUCUGAUUCAGUUCCCAGCCUUUGGCCCUCAUGUGUGUACCAUGCCAACCACACUAUUUAUUUCCUUUAAUUAAGUAGUGGAAGUAUUAAACAUGUCAAGAACACACUGAACCUCUGGAACAAUGUUUGCUGAUGCACUGCAGACUGAACCUGACUGUUGCUUGCUCUCAGCUCCUAUGGUUUACUCCUUGGCGAGCUGAUUUCUUCCAGGCAGGAGCAGUAUCUUCCUACUACUCAGAGUGCAGUGCCCAGAUGCUGCCUGGAGCACCAAGAUGCUGUGGACCAAGAGAUAAUUUUGGCACAGUAAUGUCAGGCAGAAACUGUUCCUGCCAUCUGUCAAAAACACGUGUCAAGGGGAUGACCUCUGGUUCUCUCCUCCUUGGGGACUAGGGUUUCAGCAGUAUCAGGGUUAGCCUCACAUUCCCCCACCAAACGGAAUGAUGGUGAUUAGUAAACCCACCUGAGAAAAUCCUCUUAAAUUCUAAGCUUCGUUUGUGUUUUUAAUUGGCUGUGCUCAGAGAGAAGAUUAAUGGGUCCUACGCGGUUGUUUGGGGGAGAACUUGCAAUUCCCUGCACCACCACCUUUUUAUUUCCUGUCAUUAGCUUAUUCCCAUUUCCAGGGCAACCAAGUAGUUUUUAUUAGUAACUGAGAGAAAAAGAAAAAAGAAAAAACACACCAGAGUUUCAAUCUGAUAAGGAUCUAAGGAAGCUUGAUGAAGACAUUGUGCUCCAUAUUAGUCAUAUGAAUCAUAGAAUCAUAGAACUGUAGAAUAGUCUAGGUUGGAAGGGACCUUUAAAGGUCACCUAGUCUAACCCCUCUGCAGUGAGCAGGGAAGGCUUCCACUGGAUCAGGUGAUGCUCUACAAGAUCAUGUUUGUUUGCUAUUUUGUUUGAUUUGAUUUCCUAAUUUGUGUUUUACUUGUGUUCAUUAUUUAUUUAUUCAUUUUGGAUCCUUUUAGAUUCAGCCCUGCCAGUUGUUUAGCUCACAUGGUAGCAAAAGUCACAGUUAUCCCAAGAGCUGCCCAAGUAAUUGCUAGCAAGGUGGGCUCACUGUGCCUGGUAAAAAUGAAGUGCUUAAUUACAUUAGGGAUGGUUUUUGUCUGCACAUUUGCUACAAGGAGACAGAUUGAGAUGCAUUUCAAUAUGCUUCUCUCUUCCACUUGCUCACUUCAGUUCUGUCUGAGAAGUCUUGUACUUUAUAUUUUUACAUUCUGUUCUGUUUUGCCCUUGAUCCUGAGGAGACCAAUAUUCUCCUCUUCUGAUAGAAGUACUUGAUACCUUUUCAAUUUUAACUAUUGCUGAGUGAAUUAUAUGGUGGAUGCAAAAGUAAAUAGCUACACAUUUGUGUACAUUUGGGCAGAUACUUUUCAUGCUGUAGAGACAAAUAAAAUGAGAUAAACCAUGGCCAAAAGCUGAAUGGAUCCGAGUUCCCAUGAAGUCCAUAACCAUUCCACAGGGACAGCUUUCUUGUCUCUGUUCUCUUAGGCUGUUUCCACAUUGCAGCACAGACUAGAGAUACUAAAUCUAGCUUUAAAUAAGCUGCUGCAGGCAGACUAACAGCAGCAGCACAGAGUUCAGCAUCCCCGUGUCUUGGCAAAAUCGGAUACCUCUCUAGAUGAACGCUUUGCAAGCAAACCUACAUAUCUUAAGGAAGAUUUUUACAACUCAGAAAAGAGGGACAACUAUGGAUUCAAUGAAUUUAGUUUGCAUAUUUUUCUUACGGCUGUCUAGAAUUGCUAGUGUCCUGCGUGUAGUUGACUAUAGCUAUGGUGACGUGUUGAUUUUUCCCCGCAGUUUUGUUGUAAGCUCAUCUGGUGAUAGAUACUCUGGGUCUCCAGCCAGUUGUCAACCAGGCAAAGCCCAUGGAAAGGAUACCUAGAGGUGAGCUGCCUCGGGGAGACCACAGGCAGCUCUGGGGAUUUGUCCCGGUGCUGUUGCAUGUUUGGGAGCAUUUACCCACGGUGCAGUGUGUUAAACCUACCUGGUAAAGUGGAAAGAGAUGAUCAGGCCAUUGGAGGAGACACAGAAUUUGGUGGAGGGUUGUGUGUGUUUUGUGGCACUCCAAGCACGUGCACUGUUCCCCCUGCUAUUAACUUCCAGUUUGGACCUUUCUUGAACUGGUCAGAGUAAAGUUUUCUUAUGCUGAUAAUGUAUUUGUAUUACGCAAUGUGCUCAGAAAAAAAUAACAAAACAAAACAGAAUAUUGUCUCUCUGUGACUAUCCUCUCCUCUCAAGAAGCUGUUCUCUUCUGUACAUAUGAUAUGCAGAAUGUAUGGGAGUCUUACCAGCAUUGGUUUGCAUUUUUAAUACUGUACUAAUUAAGGUGUGAUAUUAUUGUGUUCUUGUAGUGGCAUCUUUGAUGUAAGGUGUAAAAACGAUUUAAAAUUAUUAUUUUUUGUUAUUGUUCAGCUUUUAGAGAUAGCACUAAUGACUGCAUGUUCACUAGAACCAGCCUUUUUUCAAGGGCUGUGGUAGCUGCACACAGGUGCCAGUGUUUCACCCAGAGCAUAGUACCUGCAUUGUCAUUUUAAUAGGUGUCAGUGUUGAGUGGCAACCUAAUUCUUCCUGAAAAGUCUAGUAGUCUGUAUUUCCCUCUCUGACUCAAGCUUCUCCCUCUGGUGCUGGGUGCCAGUUCUGGCCCCAGGAGCAAACCCAGCCAGGGGUGCCCUUGCAGCACCCUGCUGGCCCCAGUGUCAAGCUUCCUUACCCCUCAGCUCACCCAUGUGCACACUCUGUUUUCAUUGAGACUGCUGGCUAUACCAGGACAAAAAUGAUGGGUUCAAGUUUUAAGAGCUUUUGUGGAAGUGAGUUUAAAAUGAAUUAACUAAAACUGUGACAAAUUAAGCAAUUAAGGAAAAGCCUAAGCAGAGCAUUUUGGGAUCAGAAUCUUAUUGGGGUGCUCAAUAUAGCAAGAAUUUGGGGUCAAUCCCUAAAAGAUGGGACCACUUGGGAGGGGGUCUACAUCUCUUUUUGGGUUUGGAGAGGGAAGCAAGACUCAGAUCCAGCCUUUCAGGCAGGGUUGACUUGGUCAAGAGAUUGAGUCUGAGGGAGAUGCUUCUCCAGAUCAUAUCCUGGGACAAAAGACAAGAUAUGCUGCAGCUUAGGAGGUGUUUCUUUCUUUCUGUUUUGUUUUCUUUUCUUUUUAACACAGAAAGCAGUUCAAACUGCAGCUGGUAAAAUGACUGACUUCAAAAGCAUGUUUUUCCUUGUUAUCUAGACACAAAACAGCAUUGUGUGGUUAAAAAAGCGCAUUUGUGAUAGUUUCUUUUUCAGUGCCAAAAUAUAUAAGCAGUAUUGUUUGAAGGGAAAUAAGGAUUUUUUUACUGUAUUGUUAUUACUGUUGAACAAAUAUUGUUUUUAAAUGUUAGAUUUUGAAGACUUUUGUAUCGUAAACUGUUUUGUGACAUGGUGCUUUUUCAUACUGGAAUUCCUGAUUGCACCUAAAUAUGAAUUAUUUUGUUUUCUUACAUAAAUAUGUAACAAUCUUGAUGAAAACCAAUGUAAGGUGGAUACUGACGGUUCAAACAAAUUCUCCUACUGAAAUCCCCUAAAUGUUCUUUCCUACUAAUAAAUAUUCUGCUGCAGCUA